AUGGCCCGCGCCGCCGCUCGCCUCCUCCCCAUCUUCCUCCCAUGGCGGCGCCCUCCCUCGCCUCGCCUCCUCCGCCGGGGCUUCCUAAACCCUUGCAGCCCCAGAAUCCUGGCCACGCGCGCCGACACCCUCGUCCUCCCUGGGGACGAGCGCUCGCCCUCGCCCUCGCCCUCGCCCUCGCGCCUCCCAGACCAGCUGCGGCUGGACUACGGCGGCGGAGGCGCUGGCGGCGCUCCCGGGACCAUCGCGGCCAUCGUCACCUCACUCGGCGGCGGCCCGGCAGCGGUGGGGAUCGUGCGGCUCUCCGGCCCCGACGCCGUCGCCGUCGCCGACCGCGUUUUCCGCCCGGCCGGGGCCCGGAGGGCGUCGGCGCCGUGGCAGCCGCGCAGCCACUUCGUGGAGUACGGACUCGCGCUCAACGCGGACGGAAGCGUUAUUGACGAGGUUUUGGUGGUGCCAAUGCUCGCCCCGAGGUCGUACACGCGGGAGGAUGUGGUGGAGCUCCAGUGCCAUGGCAACGACCUCUGCUUGCGCCGUGUGCUCAGGGCUUGCUUGGAAGCUGGAGCCAGGCUUGCUGAUCCUGGCGAGUUCACCCUUCGUGCAUUCCUGAAUGGGAGGUUGGACUUGGCCCAAGCAGAGAAUGUGUCUAGGCUUAUUUCAGCAAAGUCAGCAGCUGCGGCGGACUCAGCUUUGGCUGGCAUUCAGGGAGGCUUUUCUACCCUAGUAAAGUCAUUGAGAUCGAGGUGCAUUGAGCUGCUAACAGAAAUCGAGGCUCGUCUUGAUUUUGAAGAUGAGAUGCCUCCUUUGGACCCAGUGAUGCUUGUCAGCAAAAUUAAUUGUAUGAGGCAGGAGGUUCAGGAUGCUUUGGACACUUCCAGUUAUGAUAAAUUGUUACAAUCUGGUCUACAGAUAGCAAUAAUUGGCCGCCCAAAUGUUGGCAAGUCCAGCCUCCUUAAUGCUUGGAGUAAGAGUGAAAGGGCUAUUGUUACUGAAAUAGCCGGAACUACACGGGAUGUAGUAGAAGCAAAUGUCUCAAUUCAUGGUGUACCUGUUACUCUUUUGGACACUGCUGGUAUAAGAGAAACUGAUGAUGUUGUGGAAAAAAUUGGCGUGAAAAGAUCCGAGGCUGCUGCCAUGGGAGCUGAUCUUAUUGUCAUGGCAAUAAGUGCAGUUGAUGGAUGGACUGAUGAUGACACUAAACUUAUGGAGCAUGUUUUGAUAAAUAGGAAGUCCUCAGGUUCUGCAGUUCCGAUGGUUCUUGUAAUCAACAAGGUAGAUUGUGCGCCAUUUGUUCCUGGAGAACAGUUUGAACAAUUCAGUGGCCUCUUCAGAAAACAUGUACAAACAUGUGCAGUCACCGGUAAAGGCAUUUCUGAUCUGGAGAGCGCUGUAAUAGAGGUCCGGGGUAUUGAGCAUGUACCUUCUGAGGGACGAAGGUGGACUGUAAACCAGAGGCAAUUUGAACAGCUGUUGAGGACUAAAGAAGCAUUCGCACGUCUAGAGUCAUCAAUCAACGAGCAGUUACCAAUGGACUUUUGGACUGUGGACUUGAGGGAAGCUGCGCUUGCUCUUGCAACAAUCAGCGGGGAGGACAUCUCUGAAGAAGUUUUGAGUAGCAUAUUCAGCAAAUUCUGCAUCGGGAAAUGA